AUGCUGAUGCCUAAGAAGAAUUGGAUUGCCAUCGUUGAAUUCCUUUUUAAGGAAGGAGUGAUGGUUGCCAAAAAAGAUGUCCACAUGCCCAAACACCCCGAGCUGGCAGACAAGAAUACGCCCAACCUUCAUGUUAUGAAGGCCAUGCACUCUCUCAAGUCUCGACACUAUGUGAAGGAGCAGUUCACUUGGAGACAUUUCUACUGGUACCUUAUGAAUGAGGGCACCCAGUAUCUCCGGGAUUACCUGCACCUACCUCCGGAGAUCGUGCCUGCCACCCUGAGCCACUGCCGUCCUUACUCUGGCAGGCCUUGGUCCAAAGGUACAGAGGGUGAGCGGCCUGCAAGAUUCAUAAGGGGGGAGGCAGACAGAGACACCUACAGGAGUGCUGUUUCCCCUGGAGCUGACAGGAAAGCUGAGGCUGGGGCUGGCUCAGCACCAGAAUCCCAAUUUAGAGGGGGCUUCGGUGGUAGACGUGGUCAGCCACCUCGGUGA